AUGGCAUUUACAUUCUUGAAAAACUCGCCAAUUCGGCUCUUUGUCGGCCAAAGCAACGCAGCGACCGAAUUUACGAUGCAAAAGCUCGUCUUUGUGGGCGAAGAAAAUGGAAAAAAUUUGGCCGUUAAGCAACUACUUAACGGAGAUUUCAAGUCCCUUAUUGACGAGGACAAAAGCUUCAUUGGUUUAAAGCCACCCAUUUUGGUAUUUGUUGACUCCAUUCAGACGGCACGAAAUCUUCUCCUGGAACUGGUUCCCUUGAGAAUUCCUAUGGCAAUAAUACAUGGCGAGAAAAGCCAUUCUGAACGCUCUAAAAUUAUUGAAGAGUUCCGGAUCGGAAACAUUUGGAUUUUGAUUACAACCGAACUGUUGUCCAGAGGAAUUGACUUUAAAGGAGUGAAUUCGGUGUUGAAUUACGAUUUCCCCGACUCAUCUGCUUCGUACAUCCACAGGAUUGGCCGCACCGGCAGGGCUGGACGUAAAGGAAUUGCAGUAACCCUGUUUUCAGUGGAGGAUUCCGAUAAACUGCGGUCAAUUGCAAAUGUCAUGCAAGCCUCUGGAUGCAAAGUCCCGGCCUUUAUGCUAGAGCUGAAGAAAACAAAGAGAAAAGAGCUAAUACAGAAAAAGAGGCUGCUAGAUAAAAAAAACAAGCGGCAAAAGAAAAAUGCACUUCGGCAGUCGCAACGUUCAUCCCAAAACAACGACAUCGAGGAGAUGGACAAUAGUGAUGAAGACACAGACAGCGGGUGA